GGAAAGGGGCUCGUGCACCUGAAUUCCAGCCCAGAACCACCAUAUUGCUCUAUUGCUCUAUCGAUGAGGACUGCCACCUUAUUGUGCCUCUAUCCAUGCCUGAUUCAUCUUCAACACGCUUGACACGUUAUUAAUUCCCCUUCUUCUCUUUAAUACCCUUACUACUGUGAUUCACGUGCCCUGAGCUACCAGCCAUCAAAGAACAACGGCUCCUGCACUACCUUCUAGUGCCGACUGAUCUUCUCGACCCAUCUUUCUCGACCCUCCUUCUCCUACCGAGCCUUGCCGACCUCCACACCCCAGACCACCAUCAACAAGACCUGCGCCCCAACGCCCUUGUGCUCAACCAUCUUCUUUGCCAGCCUGGAGUAAGCGCACUUCAACAUCCAGAGUGGUUCCAGCUCUGCACCAUGAAUCCUGCUGGCCAGCCCGGCCAGGCACCUCAGGGUGGCCAAGGCGGCAAUGCCAACCCCCCCUCUCAGCCAAAUGGCCCUGGGGCCAAAGCACUGCCGAUGUUCCGACCUGAAAAUAUGGAUAGUAUAGCCCAACUGAGCCCAGAAGAGAGGCAGCGAUACAAGAAGGGGCUCGGCCAGCUGUGGGCGGCCCGGGGGACCGCUCCAGCUGGCUCGCCGCAUCAUAGGGAGGCCGAGCAGAAGAUCAGAGAGUUCAGCGGCCAGCUCCUGAACAAGAUGAGAGAGAGGCAGCGCGCCUCCAUUGCAGGCCAGGCCCAGCAGAGCCAGCAGAGCCAGCAGAGCCAGAAUGCGCAGGCUGGCAACAGUCAGGUUGCAGGAGGUGCCAACUCGGCAGCACCUGCCCCAGGGACCAGCCAGCCCAGCCAGACCCUGUCGACCACCACGACUACCGGGCCAGCAGGCACACCGGCACAGUCGCAGGCGCAGGCGCAGUCUCAGGGCCAACCCCAGCGCCAGAUCCAGCAGCACAUAGAGGCCAUGUCGUGGAUCCCACCUCCGGAGGUGGAGUCCCAGGGUCCAGAGAUGGCUGCCAAGUGGUCAGCCACCAACAAGGAGAAGUACUCGAGGGCCAUGAUGCAGAUGCACUCGACCACCGAGAGGCUGAAGAGCAACGAGACCAUAGUUAGGACCUUGCAAGCGAAGGGAACGGCCAUGACGGCGGAUGAACAGAAGAACCUGCAGAGUAUCAACUCGCAGAAGCAGCAGAUCGUCAAAGCCUAUCAGGAUGCUAAGCGGUUUGUCGAGGAGUUCCGCAAGGGCCAGAACGAGCGCAGGGCCGCUGCACAGUCCGCGAACCCACAGGCAAGGCCGCCGUCGAAUGGAGGUGCAGUGAAUACCGGUGCAAACCCGCCGCCGCGACCAGGCCCGUCGCCACAACAACCUUCCCAGCCAGGCGCGGUCGACGCUGCGAAGCCGGCAAACAAUGCUAGUGGAGUGACAGGCGCGAACGGUCAACCAGGGCAACAGCAACCUCAACCACAGACGCAGCAGGCCAAAGUUGCUAGCUCAGCAGCCCCCCAGGCUUCACCUGUCCCUACUACACAGCCGGCCCCAGGCGCCCCGUCGCAACCCAUCAAGGUCGAACCUGGGACUCAGCAGCACCCACACCCACCCCCGGUCAACACAGCCAUCGCGUCUGCAGCAGCCGCCUCUGGUCUACCAUCAGCCGGUACGCCGACCCAGGUCCGCACCCCACAAAUGGCAACUCCAGUUACUGGUGGGCCUCGGUCUCUCUCCCACCAGGCCGCCCUCAGCCUCGCAAACCAGCGCGGGUCGCAGUCAGGCGCUCUUCCAGGGUCGGCACCACAGCAGAGCACACCGCAAGGUCCAAACGGCACCCCACUGAGCGCGCCAGGCGUCAUGGGCACUGUGGUACCGCAAGCAUCCGGGCACCCUCACGCCCACCCCCAGACCCAACAGCCUCAGCCUCUCACCCAGAACUCCAAGCUCCCCAUCCCGAAGCAAUUGCCCGAGAAGGCAGCUGCACCACCUCAGCCUGUGUCGCUAAGCGCCGGCGGAGUCGCCCCCGGCCGGCCAACGUAUACCGGUGGCGGAGGUAUAGCUGGAGGUGUCAUGGGAAAUCCUGUGAUUUCCAAGCUGCCCGUGGUCCAGAUAGAGGGGGAGGGAGAGCGGGUCCUCAACCGCAAGAAGCUUGACGACCUGGUCCGCCAGGUCUGCGGCGGACAGGCAGAGGGCCAGGAGGGCAAUGUUCUGACGCCCGACGUCGAGGAGUCUAUCCUCAACCUAGCCGACAGCUUUGUGGACCGACUUUUACACGCGGCCUGCAGCAAUGCCAAGCAGCGUGGCUCCAAGGUUCUCGAGAUCCGUGACAUCCAGCUCGUGCUUGAGCGCACCUACAACAUCCGCAUCCCCGGCUACUCCUCGGAUGAGCUCCGCACGGUUCGCAAAGUGCUGCCCGCCCAGGGCUGGAUCACCAAGAUGAGUGCGAUCCAGGCUGCCAAGGUCAUGCCGGGCAAGGGCGACCUCUAAUGGGAAAACUUUUGGUGCGCAACGGGCAUGCGACAAGCUGUGAAACAAAGAGCAGUACCUUGGGUUUUGUUUUAGUAAUAAAUGGACAUCGAGGCGAUGUCCACACCCCCCCCCCCCCAAAGUUUGCAAGGCUCUAGGAAGGGAGAGAAGGGGAGGCACGACAUGGUUUUGGGAGACAAUGGUCUCGGAAAGGCGUCUAGGUUUAGGCGCGUUGACUUGCAAGUCAUUGCGCAUGGGCAGGAUCGCAGGGCUAAGGAGAAAAGACACAAUCGGGAGUGUCUAUAAGGAGCUUGGCCCGCAACUAUCGCCUAGUCUUCCACGGGCCAUCCAAGGAACUAGUAAAGGCUUCUUGACCAGUCUCUUGAAUCCGCAUGAUGGCAAAGUCUAUCAGUAUUUCUAAAA